CAGCUGGGUUCGUUAUCUCCACACUCCCAAGCUCAGCGGGCACCCCGCAACGCACACGCGUGCGCGCUCGCUCGCUCGCUCGCACACGGGCGCCUCUCCUCUCUCUCGUCCCCAAUGGCCACCGUCGCCGCCACUCUCCCGUUCCGGGCGCCGACCUACUUGGGCCCUGCGACGUUCCUGACACCCUCCGCCGCAGGGGCGCGGUUCCCCGACCGCCCGCAGCAGCGCCGGCUCGUUGCGGGAGGGCGUCACAGGGAAUUGGCGAGGAUCCAGGCGGAGGCUAUCUCCGGCGGCGGAGGAGUGGCACGGAGGGAUCCCAUGGUCCCUCCUUACAAUGUCCUCAUCACCGGCUCCACCAAAGGUAUAGGAUACGCACUGGCAAAGAAGUUUUUGAUGGCUGGUGACAAUGUUAUAAUCUGCUCAAGAUCAGCUGAAAGGGUAGAAUCUGCAACCAACGACUUGAAAAAGGAAUUUGGAGAGCAGCAUGUGUGGGGAACUGUCUGUGAUGUUAGAGAAGGAAAGGAUGUAAAGGCACUUGUGGAUUAUGCACGUGGCAAGCUGCAGUAUAUCGAUAUUUGGAUCAACAAUGCUGGAUCAAAUGCAUACAGUUACAAACCGUUGGUAGAGACCUCUGAUGAGGCUCUCAUGGAAGUGAUCACCACUAACACUCUUGGAUUGAUGAUAUGUUGUCGUGAGGCAAUAAAUAUGAUGUGGAACCAACCUCGAGGUGGUCACAUAUUUAACAUCGAUGGUGCUGGCUCUGAUGGAAGGCCAACCCCAAGGUUUGCCGCUUAUGGUGCAACAAAGAGAAGUGUGGUGCACCUUACAAAGUCUCUACAGGCUGAGUUGCAGAUGAAUGAAGUGAAUAAUGUCGUCGUGCACAAUUUAUCGCCUGGCAUGGUUACGACUGAUCUUCUUAUGUCUGGUGCUACUACAAAGCAAGCAAAGUUUUUCAUCAAUAUAUUAGCUGAACCUCCCGAUGUGGUUGCGGACUAUCUUGUUCCAAAUGUCAGAGCAAUCCCUACCAACCAAUCCAUGAAGCCGACUUACAUUCGCUUUCUCACAGGCUUGAAAGCCUACUCCAGAAUAUUUUCAAGACUAGCUUUUGGUGCUCGCAGGAACAAGUAUGUUGUUGAGGAUUAGUUAUCUCGCUGCCAUCUUCCAACCCAGAAGAAAGCUAGGAAUACUUUUCUUAUCAUCUUUUACAUUUUUAUAAGUUCAUUAUUUUUCCUGUAAAAAUAGGGUGUAUUAAUGAUGGCAUCUUGAGAAUACAGCGAUAUACUCCCCUUAUGUACAAUACCUGCAAUUUUAUUGUCUUACCAAAUUUAUUGUCAUCGGAUGAAUCAUUUGCAGUUUAUAUAUUGUAUUCAUGGCC